GAGCAAAGGGAUGGGCUUAGCCCACGUUACCUCACAAAUUUGGAAGCUUCCCUUUAUCAACCAAACCAAAUACUAUCAAAAAAAAAAUCAAAACUUUAGUCAUUUCAGUCACCUCAUCCUAUCUUUCUCUGUAUAUAUUCCAACUUCUCAGGUCCACCUUAUACCCUCUUGCUUUUGAUUAUAAUACCUUAGUAUUAUACUCCAGUUUGUAUCAUAUCAAGAAUCGCUUUGAUCCCUCCUUCUUCUCUGUUUGUUCCCUUGCCCUUUCUUCAUCUGCAACUACAACUACAUAAACUGCACCAUAUUACACAGAUCUGUCACUUACCAAAUUAUGUCACUUGAAUGCUGAGUCACAUUUUCUGAGUUGGGGUUUGGUUUUUUCCUUGAAAAUAUACGAUGGGUGUUGAAUAUCAUGAGGAAUAUAUAAGGAAUUCAAGAGGUGUUCAGCUUUUUACUUGUAGAUGGUUGCCCUUUUCUUCUCCAAAGGCCCUUGUUUUCCUUUGCCACGGCUAUGGUAUGGAGUGCAGUGGAUUCAUGAGAGGCGUUGGGACAAAGCUUGCGAAUCAUGGAUAUGCGGUGUUUGGAAUAGAUUAUGAAGGCCAUGGACGGUCAAUGGGUUCCCGCUGUUAUAUCAAAAGGUUUGACAACAUUGUCAAUGACUGCAGUGACUUUUUCAAGUCCGUUUGUGCGCGGGAGGAGUACAGAGAGAAUACAAGGUUUUUGUAUGGGGAGUCGAUGGGUGGGGCCGUGGCUCUUUUAAUACACAAGAAGGAUCCUUCCUUUUGGCAUGGUGCUCUUCUGGUUGCACCUAUGUGUAAGGGACGGACCUUUUAGAAGUCAAAAGGAAAAUGAACCGGUUAUGGUGUUGCUAAUGUACAUUGCAAAAAUUCACCAGAUAUCUGAGAAAGUGAAGCCACAUCCAAUGGUUAUAAGCUUACUAACUAAAGUGGAAGAUGUCAUACCAAGAUGGAAGAUAGUACCUACAAAGGAUGUCAUUGAUUCGGCCUUCAAGGACCCUGUUAGAAGGGAAGAGGUGAGGUUUAUUGUCAAGUUCAUUGGUAGCUUCCAAGUAUAUAUUAACUAGUGAAUUUAUCCGCGCUUCGCGCGGUGAUUAAUAAAUUUACAAACAACUCUUUUUUUUAAUAUGCAAAUCUUAUCGAAAAGAAGUCUCUAACCAUACAAAAGGAAAAUAAUAAAAACAAAGCAAUUCGUUAUCAAACAGCGACACUAAUCAAUUUGCUUCUUGAAGUCGACAACACCAAUUAUCAACCUUCACCCGAGUGCUUGUUUCUUUUCACACUGAUAGAGUUUCACAUUCUACUAAGGAAAAAAAUUCAAAAAUACUUACAUUGAUCAAUUAAUGCAAAACAUACUAAAAAUAUGAAUACUUAUAGACAUUAAUACAUAUCAAUUCUAUAUUUUAACAAAUACUCAAUUGGAAGCGGAGAAUAACCAAAUAAUAAGGCAGAAAUCUACCAAAGUACUUAAAAAAAAGAACAUGAGCGGUUAGUAAACAUGUUCAAAACCUCAAAUAAGUAUUUUAAUUUUAUGGAAGUCUUAUGGACGAAAAAUUAUAGUAUCGUAUAAUUUUAUAAAAUAAAAAAGGUUUUUUAAAAUUUUGGAAAAAAUAGAUAGAUAGAGUUUUCGACCUAAAACUAUAAACAUAUAGGAUUUUUAAAUGUGUAUACAGGAAGUUACUAAAUAUUGUAGGGUUAAAGACUAACUCCAUAGAAUAAUUCUUUUUCUAAUGUCACUGUUUUUUCAUAUUGAGACAUCUUUCUCCUUCACAUUUUUUAUAUGUAAUUUCUCACUAUCGUUAGACACACUCCCAAUCUGGUAUGAAAUAUUUGUCAUGAGUAUUACAUGCACAAAUUCACUUUCCUUUGUCUUAACUUAAACAUAAUUAUGUGAAAGCAAAAAAGAUGAAACUGGUUGUGUGAUCGGCCAGAGAAGUUAAUAAGUUGUUGAAAAAAGAAUAAAAAGACAAAAGUACCAAUAAUUAGCUCAUAACUUCUUAUAAUUGAUUAACUAUUAUACAAAAAGUUUUUCUUCUUGAUACUUUAUUACAUUUUUAUUGAAUAUCAUAUAUAGCUAGUAAAUACAAAAUUACUCCAUAAUGACCAAAAGUCGUUUUCCUUUUGGAAGGAAUUAAUACACAGCAAGCAGCCAUUCUUUUGCACACAAAAUCUUGAUUUAUUGCAUCAUCCAGUGCACAACUGAAAAUUGAAUUUAAGAAUUAAAAAGGAUGGGAGAAUGAAACGUGAGAUUGAGCACAAAGAGUCAUUAAAAAGACCUAAAUACGUAAAUGAGAGGGG